CUCGAUCCCCACCGCCCCCACGCUGCGGCUUUACAUUUGUACUACCGCCACUAUUACUCUCGCUGCAUCAGAUACCACUCUUUGGAUGCCCCGACAAAAGCUCCCCGUUCGCCAUGGCGUUUAACUGGGACAAACUUUCCAAAGCCAGACGAGACUAUCCAAAACCGAAAUUUGCUCUCGAGGCGAUAGGCAGGCAUCUCAAGAAGCGCCCCGGAGACCCAUACGCCCAGGCUUGGAAAGCGGACGUCUUGCUAUCAUUAGAGAGCAACGCCAACGAGGUCCUUGGCCUGCUACUAUCCGUGUGUCAACGCCAACCACCCGUGACAGACCGGUCCUUGCUUUCUUUCGUGUAUUCACUGCUGCCAGAAACGAUACGACGGCUUAACCCGCAGACACUGUUUUUGGCUUCUAUCGGCGAAGAAGCGCUGAAGGGCUGGAAAAAUGCGGCCAAGAUUCUGCCUAGCCGAAACGCGAGGUUGCAGUUGUGGUCUGACCUCUUUAUUUCUGCGAUGAGGGCGGAUUGCUGGGAAGAUGUCCGAUUCGCGAUCGUACAAGCCAACAAAGAGGGGCUCAAGUCUAAGAAGGCCGCCUACUACUCUCUCAUUCUUGCGAACCAGCUGGCAGCCGAGAAGAAGGUCGCUGCGAGUGAGGGAUCAGGGCAAGCCGAUCUAGGCAGCCAGAUCCAACUCAAUCUUGCCCUUCGCCAGUUGAAGGAAGCGUACGACAACUCUCCAAAACCUACGGAUGAUACAAUCCGAGUGAAAGACGUGAAAGACUUGCGGUUUAUGGGAGAAAUCUUCAAGCGCCAAGGCCGCCUUUCCGAGCUUUUCGAACUCUGGGACCGGCCUCCACCAACCCUAAAAGAAUACAUGGACAAGCAGUACAGCGAACUCCUGCUUUACAAAGCGUCACUCGCUGAAGAGCUGAAAGAUUGGUACAUCGUCGAAGCUUGUUGCCUGCAGGCUAUUGAAAGGGCCUUGGGGGAAGCGGAAAGUUGCCAGACCUCUCAACCUCUGUUUGAGUUAUGCUCCACCUCAUGGACCAUAUGGGGAGGCUACAUGGAAGCGGUGAAGCACCUAUACUCCUUUGACGAGGCUACACUCAAGGUAAAAACACUUAUAACGCGCUUCUCGAAAGUUCGGGUUCCACCCCAGGGUCGCGGGAUACAGCUCACGCACAUGGCCCUGGCCACCUAUGUUCGCGAGCCCAUCCUUGAGCUCUGCAAGGAUUAUUGGCGUCGACAUUCGUCUUUACGCCAGUGCUUCCAUGACCUGCGUCGAUUCGUGCCGCAGAUGUCAGCAGACGAUCAAAGAGCAUUUCACAGCUUCAUUUGCGACACAACUCGGUCUUUGAUGCCAGAAUCAACCGACGCUCCUGAGGAAUCUGUUUCCCAAUGGUUAGAAGCGGAAGUCAACGUCCUGAAGUUCGACUAUCUGUUGACGGUCUCGGCAUGUCCAGUUCCUAGCACCGCGGUGCUAGAGGACUUUGUAUCCAACGCACUGAAGCUUUACCACCUCGCCGCACAGCUACCCGGCGAGAACUAUGUCGCAGCUUACUUGGCGAUCCUAGGGCUGCUUCAUCUACACGCAAAGGCGCCGGAACCUCCUCGUUAUCUGCUUCAAGCAGCAAUGCUAGCGCGACAUCUUCUUGCAGACGACGCCGGGAAACAGCGUAGGGCAAUGGUUCUACUUUCGACACGGUUGCAUCUAAACCUUGGUCUCGGAACAAUCGCCUUCCAACAGUACACCUAUGCCAGGAUUAAGGAAAUGCUCCAUGAAAGCGUCUCGUGGAUCUUACUUUCUCGCAUCUCGCAAACUCAUCCAUUCGAAGUGCAAGGGCCCAAAGGCUUCUCUGCAGAGGCUGAAAUGUCGAGAGUCGUCGGCACGAUCCAGCGGAUGGAAAACAAGACGAGUGAUUUCUUGUACACCGAUUUGCAGAAUUUUAACUACGACAAAGCCCUCGAGUUACAGGAUUUCAAACAAAAAUUGAGAUGCAGCUUGACAAAACACCUCUGCGUGAUCGAGCUUCGUCGCGCCGCCCGCCUCAGGGGAGACCCAAUCGAUCAGGCACCGAGCAUCCAUUGGUCAAACCACGAAAACAUCUCGGAUAACUGCGACUUCACCAUACUCCCCGGCUUUGAAUACUCAGAGGAUAACACAAUCAUCGACCUAGUCAUGAUGAACCCGCCCGUCUCGGCGUCCUGGGUGAACUACUUCCACACCACUUGGGAGCCUUCGUGCAAGCUCGCCUAUAAGGAGCCCUUGUCCGACGGCUUUCGAGUCAUGGCGAACGCUAAUCACGAUGCCUACAAGCUCAAAAUUGAUAAGCAGCCGGAUUUUAAUCGAAUCGAGGCCGUCUUCUUCCUCUUAUGGGAUGCUUUGAGUCAGGUCGCGCUGAUGAUGCACAACGCCAACACAGAGGGCAAGACGCUGGACGAGCUCUUCAAUUCGCUUCUUGACGGACUCGAUAUGCACAUUAUCGCCUUAAAGUCUUACCCGAUAUCCGACCCAGCGAACGACGGAUUGAGCCGAGAGGCGCUCAUCCUGCAUGAAGACAUGCUCAUGUACUUCUACGGCUUGCUCGAGCUCCUGCGUGUCCUCAUCCGGCUUACCGACCAACUGCGCGGCAUGUCGCGGAAAGGGUCUCAUCCGCUCAAGUCGAAGAUCCCUAAGAAAGCCGUCGACCAGACCGCCCAGAAAGUGGAGGAGUGCUACGCACUUGUGCGGAAGGAAACGCAGACGUAUCUCGCUUUGAUGAAGAACAAGGGCGCCGCUGCGAUUGAGAAGCACGUUCGCGCGGGUCCCACGGGCUCGGCGCUGAGGGUGAUGCUAGGGGAUGCCGAUGUGAAGUCCUAUGCGAAGGAGUAUGUGGAGUCGGCGGUGGAGGCGCUGAGCGGCGUCCUGAAGGUCAAGCUGAGGUAGGACGUGGGUGGGUGGGUUCGAUGUCUAGAGCUUUGGCGAAAGAUUGGUUCGCGCGCUUGGAUUGGCCCUUGAUAAUCUAGCUAUACAUGUCCAAGACAGCACUGGAAAUCAAGACCGGUCAAGA